UGUACCUGAUAAAUGGGGGAUUACGGAUUCGGGUUACUGCAGACUGCCCCGCUCCGAAGCAGCAGCCCCGGCCCCCUGUUCAGCAGCGGAGCUUACCGACCCUACCCGCCAGUCCCAACCCCAGCCACCCCUCAGAUCUCUUCCUCCUUGCCCUUCGCCUCCCUUUCGCAGCCACCGUUGCCUGUCACCGGUUUCUCCCCGGCCUCGACCCCCUCCCAGUUUUCCAUUCCCACCAGCGGCGGCAGCUCCGCAGCCGCCUCUUCCUCCUCCCCCCUGUUCCUGGCUGCGGCCGCCGUAGCGCACACCCAUAUCAUGCAGGAUGAGCUGCUGCUGGGGCUGACACAGCAACAGCAGCAGCAGCAACUCUCAGGGUCAGGGCUCCCCGAAAAACUCCCUAACCACCAUCCCGUCGGCAGCACGAAAGCGGGUGCGACCCACCUCCUCCCCUCCCAGGACUUCAAACCGAGUCUGCACCACCCCUCCUCCUCCUCCUCGUCCUCCUCCUCCUCCACUACCUCCUCCCCCCAGGACUUCAGCAAGCAGCAGCAGCAGCUGAGCAGCCAGAAGAGGAAAGAGUUCAACCCCCCCCACCCUCCCCACCCUCAGGACUUGAAGCAGCAGCCGCCGCCGCUCAACACCCCCGACCAGUUCAUCUCACAGCAGCAGCAACAGCAGCAGCUCCACCAGCUCCAACAGGAGCAGCUCCAGAAACAGCAACAGCAGCAGUUCAGCCACCCGCACCACCCGCACCCGCACCACCACCACCGCCACCACCACCACCCACCGGACUUCCACCACCCUAAGCAGCCACCGGGAGACUAUCAUCCCCUCCCCCAGCACUACCAGCCCCCACUUCAGCCUUCGCCGCCCCAAGCCCAGCACCACCACCACGGGGGGGUGGACAGUCUUCGGAAAAUCCCGGCGGCGACAACAGCAGCGACCGCAUCGGCAGCCGGCGAGGGGACUGCCGCUGAGUCCCCCAAUGUGGGCUUGGUCCCCUCGACGCCGUCUGUGAAUCUCCUGCCAGGCUCAAAGCUGCCCCCGUCGAUGGAGUCCCCCAACCAUCCCUUGCUCAACAGCCCCAGUAACCUCCUGCCGGGCGGGGGGCUCGGGGCCGGCGGCGGCUUCAGCAGCCUGCAGAGCCCGGACCUGCCUCACCCGGGCGGCGGCGGCGGAGGGGGCGGGGGCCCCCCGGCAGCAGCAGGAGGAGGGGGCUCUGCUUCGCCACCGCCGCCGCUGCCCGGCUUCGGCACCCCCUGGUCUGUGCAGACCUCGUCGCCGCCACCCCAGCAGCAACAGCAGCCGCCGCCGCCCGCCGCCGCCUUCCUGCAGCAGAGGAACUCAUACAACCACCACCAGCCUCUUCUGAAGCAAUCUCCUUGGAGCAACCAUCAGAGCAGUGGCUGGAGCACAGGAAGCAUGUCGUGGGGAGCAAUGCAUGGCAGAGAUCAUCGUAGAACUGGAAAUAUGGGAAUUCCAGGAACUAUGAAUCAGAUCUCUCCAUUGAAGAAACCAUUUUCUGGUAAUGUCAUAGCCCCACCGAAAUUCACUCGCUCUACUCCAUCCUUGACACCUAAAUCAUGGAUUGAAGAUAAUGUGUUCAGAACAGACAACAACAGUAAUACUCUCUUACCCUUACAGGUGAGAUCUAGUUUGCAGUUGCCAGCUUGGGGCUCAGAUUCACUCCAAGAUAGUUGGUGCACUGCAGCCGGAACAUCCAGAAUAGACCAGGAUCGAAGUCGAAUGUAUGACAGUUUGAACAUGCACUCAUUGGAAAACUCCCUCAUUGAUAUUAUGAGAGCAGAGCAUGAUCCUCUUAAAGGUCGCUUGAGCUAUCCUCAUCCAGGGACUGACAAUCUUUUGAUGUUAAAUGCGAGGAGUUAUGGGCGAAGACGAGGCCGCUCUUCCCUCUUCCCAAUAGAUGAUGGCUUACUGGAUGAUGGCCACAGUGAUCAAGUUGGUGUCUUAAAUUCACCCACAUGCUACUCAGCUCAUCAGAAUGGAGAGAGGAUAGAACGUUUUUCUCGGAAAGUUUUUGUUGGUGGUCUUCCUCCUGAUAUUGAUGAAGAUGAAAUUACUGCUAGUUUCAGACGAUUUGGGCCUCUAGUAGUUGACUGGCCUCACAAAGCAGAAAGCAAGUCCUACUUCCCACCAAAAGGUUAUGCAUUCCUUCUCUUCCAAGAGGAGAGCUCUGUUCAAGCACUAAUUGAUGCUUGUAUUGAAGAAGAUGGAAAGCUAUAUCUAUGUGUUUCUAGCCCUACCAUCAAGGACAAACCAGUUCAGAUCCGUCCCUGGAAUCUAAGUGAUAGCGACUUUGUAAUGGAUGGGUCACAACCCCUUGAUCCCCGAAAAACAAUUUUUGUUGGAGGUGUUCCCAGACCUUUGAGAGCAGUGGAACUAGCAAUGAUAAUGGACCGGCUCUAUGGUGGAGUUUGUUAUGCAGGAAUUGAUACAGAUCCAGAGCUGAAGUAUCCAAAAGGUGCUGGGCGUGUUGCUUUUUCCAAUCAGCAGAGCUAUAUUGCUGCCAUUAGCGCUCGGUUUGUUCAACUUCAACAUGGCGAUAUUGACAAACGAGUGGAGGUAAAGCCAUAUGUGUUGGAUGACCAGAUGUGUGAUGAAUGCCAGGGUGCACGCUGUGGUGGAAAGUUCGCCCCUUUCUUUUGUGCCAAUGUCACUUGCCUGCAGUAUUAUUGUGAGUUUUGCUGGGCGAAUAUCCACUCUCGUGCAGGACGUGAAUUCCAUAAGCCAUUGGUCAAGGAAGGCGCUGACCGCCCACGUCAGAUCCACUUCCGCUGGAACUAAGUAUAGUGAACCAGCCUCUGUUUAAGGAAAGAUGGGUGCAUGUGGCUUACUGUGUUUGAAGAUACUGACGUGCAGAAGAAAUAAGUGCAUUCUUCUGCUUUUCACCCCAGCUAUCAAUACAUGCAUCUUUAUCAGCAGCCAAAACACUACAAGCCUCUUGUUUUUCACCAAAACCCUACAUCUCAGGCUUACUAAUUUUUGUGAUAUUUUCAUGUUAAAAUAAAAUGUUUUUUUGUAUUUUCUCCAAGUUAUUUUUAUAUGUAAAGUUAAAACUAGAUAUGAGAAUGUUUUUUGCAUAGGGGCACACAGUCUGCUGCUAUAUUUAGUGGGUGAAGCGUGCACUUAUUUCUAAACAUGGGUUUUUAACUUCAAGAUCUGCCCCAGUAAUUUACCAAAGGUAGCAAAAUAAUAGUGAAGAUGGAAUAUGUCUGCUACAAAAAGCUUAUUUUUAUUGUUGCUAUUUUCAGUGUAUACAUAAACUAAAAAAUUAGGGUUGAUUUUUGCUCUCCAUUUUGACUUGCAAGAAAUAAUACCUCAAGAUAAUCUGAUUUAUUAGCUAUUUUUAAACAUUUUUAAUCACAAGCUGUAUUAGCUUUGCUGCUAUAUAGGUGUUAUGUGUAAUGCCACCUAUUAAUACGGGAUUGAAAACGUUUAAGACAUACUGCAUUGCAGAUGAAAUGCAGGCAGCACAAUAUGGCCUAAACUGCCAUAGUUUUAGAAUGUGAAGAAAAAUUGCAUGUUUACUUACCUGUAUACACCAUAUGCAUGCACUAGAAUUAUUUACUAACCAGAGGUGAGUUAUUGCAAAUGUUCAGGAAAAAAAAAAAAAGCUCUCUUGAACCUAGGUAGCAUGAGCAAAUUAUAAAAUUUGUUCCAAAAAAAAUAAACAACAAACUUGCAUGCAUUAUCGUGACUCAAGUUUUUAAAAAUGUCCUAAAUGUGUACAAUAUGCAAAUUAGUUUUAGAUUAGAAAGUGCAGCCAUUUUGUGACCUGGUCGGUAGUGGAAUUCGAUUUAUGCAGACUGGAUGUAAUAUUUGUAAUCCCUGUGCAAUUCUGUGAUGUGCGGUUCUAAUUCAUGUGGAGUGAUUUAGUAUAGGUAAAAGGUUGAGUUUUGUUUUGUUUUGUUUUUUGUUCUGUUUUUUGUUUCUUUGGUUUGUUUUUUUAAGCUAGAACUUAAACAAAAGUAAUUAUAAAGUUAAUUUUUAGCCCCUUUGAAUAGUUCAUGGUUAAGAUUUCCUCUACAAACCAAAGAUGGCCAGCACACUGCUAACAUUCACCAAAUGUGAAACCCAUAAGUAAUCCAUGUUAAAAACAAAUGUACUUAAAGAAGAAUGCAUAACACUUUAGUAAACCUAAGUAAAGUCAAAAUGGAGAUGGUGUAAUAUACAGACGGCUAGUUGCAUAAAACUAAAUUUUACCUUUAAGACAACAGUGAAAUCUGGCCUAAACUUGCUUACAUGUUUGACCUGUGUGCAUUGUGGUCUUCUGUCU